AGCUGCGCUUGGGGCAGUAGUAUCAGAAUUACUGAAAUUAGUUAUUGAUGCCGAAAUUACGUUAAUAAAUUUUAAACCUUCUUUAGAACAACUCAGCGAGACUCUAGAAUCAGUGAGAUUCAGAAUUGAAAAGAUCGGAGGAAUAGAUCAAGGGACAGAAAUAAGGAAAUUGAUAAUGAAAUUAAGAGAAGGAAAGACCCUAGUUGGAAAGUGUGGAAGAGUGCAACCCUGGAAUUAUUACUUGCAAACGAGGUACUCAAAGAAGAUACUUGAAUUGGAUAAUGACUUGAAAAGGUUCUUCCAGAUGGAUGUGCAGGCAGAUAUGUGGUGUGAUACUAAACAGAUGCGGUGUGAUAUUAAACAGAUACUGCUGGGUAAGGUGCCUCUUUUUGACCACAAAUUAGAUUUGCUAAAAACAGAGAUAGGAACCAGCACUAGUACCAUGAACGUUGGAGCUGGAGCUACAGAUGGUGACCAAGGAGUUCAUGAUCCUGUUGGGCCGGGGAUUCAGCUUGUCAACAGAUUGGAUCAAUACGUGGCCUUCAAGAAAAGAAGAGAGACUACCAGAGGUACACUAGAGGUUUUGCUCGCCGAUGCUUCUAAACUCAAAGACACCGAUUUUUUUGGUAAAAUGGACCCUUACGUAAUAAUUCAGUUUGGUAAUCAGAAGCGAAAGAGCACCGUUGCCCGUGGAGAAGGAAAAGCACCGGUGUGGAACGAAAAAUUUACAUUUGAUGUGGAGUAUCCUGAUAAUAUUAGAGAUGAACAUCACCAAUAUAAACUCGAUUUCACCAUCAUGGACAAAGAUAGAUUCAGCAGGGACGACUUUGUAGGCGAAUCGACGAUUUGUGUGACGGAUGUGUUAUCCUUCGGCGUAAAGAAUGGAAGAUCUGAAAUUAGAGCUAGCAGCGUUGUUUUACACAACAGAACCUAUUCUGGAGAAAUUCGAGUCAGCAUUUCAUUCACCCGAAAGGAUGGAAAACCAGAUGAUAAAGCAAACUAUUUGGAAGGAUGGAAGCAAUAACCAAAAGGAUUGAUUAAACUUAAAAUUAUUAACGAAGAGGCUAGCGCUUAUUGGGCCGACCGAUCGAAGCGAGGGAGGACCUUAUAUUUGGUGACUUUAUGUCAAUGCGAAGCAUGAUUUUUUUUUCCAAUUUGACAUUAAAAAGAUUGGAUUUGGUGUUUGUAAUUUCGUAAAUUUUAAUUACUAAUGUAAUUCAACUGAUGGCAUCAAAUUGUUUGUCAAAUUUGUUAACCUCA